CGCUCCAUCGCCGAACCCGCCCUUCCUAAUCUUCACCGCCGCUUUCCGUCUCUUGAGACGGUUGAUUGGUUCCUCGUCGUGCCGCUCUCUUCCACGAGGAUUGUUUUGCUGCGAGAGGAAGGAAGAUGUAUCCUUCCAAGGGGAAUAAUCCGUAUGGGCAGCAGCCUUACGGUUCCUCACAGGCAUAUGGGCACAUUCCCGGUAGUGGUUAUACUGGGAACCCUGUUGGUGGUUCAGAUACAGAUAUGAACUCGUAUAGAACCUAUUCUUCACAAGCACCUCAAUAUGGAGGACCAUAUGCUUCUGUCUAUGGUUCAUCUGGUUUAAGCAAUGUUCAACAGGUUGGUGGAGUGAGUGGUAAAGAAGCAGUUCCAUCCACAUUGCAAGGUCGAUCUGCUUACCCAUCUGUGCUGGUAGAAUCAUCCAAGUUUUCUUCUGCAAAUCUUGGUUCUAGCAUGGGAAUCACAACUGAUGACUAUGUUUCUGCUACUAAUCGUGCGUACUCCCAGAAAGGAGACCAGUUUUCAGCAAUAAAAAAUCCUGAUUAUGCUCUAACAGAUAGGAGGCACUAUGGUGAACAUCAGGGUGCUUUUGUUGGUAGGGAAUUGCAGAGUGAUUCUGCGAGAAGAUACCUUGAUUCUGUCUCCCUCGGCAGCCGUCAUCAGGCUGAGUUGCAUGAUCAGAUGGACCAGGCAUCACUCUUUCGACAACAGCAAAUGCUGAAAGCACAAUCACUGCAAUCUGGUUCAGACAUGAGACAAGAUGAAUACUUUGCAGCAAGGACUGUGCCUAGUCAUCAUGGUUCACAAGAAAUUAGCUCAUAUGGUGCAAGGACGGAUGCUGAUCCACGUGGAUUAAGUGUUUAUGGUGCUACUUCUUACGGUGGACAAGUUGCAGCUUCCAUUUUAGGGGGAGCUCCGAGGAGAAAUGUUGAUGACCUCAUGUAUGUUCAGGGGUCAUCAAAUGCUGCUUAUGGGGUGGGUUUGCCUCCUGGUCGGGAUUACGCUGCAGGAAAGGGUAUUCUUGGUCCACCACACGAGUCUAACUAUCAAGCGAAUGUCUUGUCUCGUACCCAUCCAACCCUUGGAGUCUCCAUGGUGGAUGAAAGAAAUGAUGAUCGAAAUGCCUACCGCCGAGAGCUUGAGAUAAGAGAGGAAGAACGCCGUAGAGAACUGAUGCGGGAGAGAGAGAAAGAACGAGAAAGGGACAGGGAACGUGAAAGGGAACGCGAAAGGGAACGUGAAAGGGAACGCGAAAGGGAACGCCUUCGGGAACGGCGGGACAAGGAGAGAGAACGAGACCGCAAGCAUGGACCUGACUCAAGGCGAGAACGGACACCUCCAAGAACUACUAGAGAUCGUCGAGGCUCUUCUUUGAUAAAGGACGAGAAGGCUGUACGUCGAGUCACACCGCGUCGGGUCUCGCCACAUCGAGAGGCUGUGCAUAGGCAUCGUUCACCUGUUAAAGAAAAAAAGAGAGAAUACAUCUGCAAGGUUUAUCCUUUCUGCUUGGUGGACGUUGAAAGGGAUUACUUGUCUUUGAGCAAGAGAUAUCCUAGGCUCGCUAUAGCUCCAGAUUUCUCAAAGGCAAUUGUGAACUGGCCGAGAGAAACCUUGAAUCUUUCACUUUAUACUCCUGUCAGCUUUGAGCAUGAUUUCUUAGAUGUAGAAGAUAAAAGUGAAGAAAAAGGGUCAGUUUUAUUGGAUGAACCACUGAAGCCCAAGGGUGUGAAAACUCUUUGGAACACAAAGGUUAUUUUGAUGAGUGGAAUUAGUUGUGAAGCUCUGAACGAGUUGUGCUUGGAGAAAGACACUGAUGAGAGGAUUGUUCACUUCAACAACAUCCUUAAAUUUGCAGUUCUGAAGAAGGAUCGUUCUUUUCUGGCAAUUGGAGGCCCAUCACAUGUGACUUUAGAUGGGGAUCCUCAAGUUAAUGAUUCUUCUUUAAUUCAGACAGCUAUUAGACAUGUCAAGCAUGCAACUCAACUCGACCUACAUAAAUGCCUUCAUUGGAAUCGUUUUCUUGAGAUGCACUAUAAUAGAGUUGGCAAAGAUGGACUCUUCAGCCAUAAGGAAGUCACUGUAUUAUUUGUACCAAACUUAUCAGAAUGCCUUCCAUCAUUGGAUCUAUGGCAAAGCCAGUGGUUGGCGCACAAGAAGGAGACAACAGAGAGGGAACGACAACUGGCUUUGAAGCAGGAGAAGAAAUCUGGAGAAAAGAAGGAAGCUGAUAAAGGGGAUAAUAGUCAUGGUAAAACUGUAAAUGAUAGUCCUGACAAAAGUCUGAAGGGUGAAGACUACUUGGUUAAAGAUGAUAUGGGUGACAUUAAGACCAAUUAUCAGACUAAGGAUGAAGUUGAUGGUUCCAAAAAGGUUGUGGCUGAAGACGAAGGAAAAGGGCCUAUCUUAGAUGACAAACAGACAGAACAUAAGGAUGAUGCACUUGUGGUUGGAGAAAGCAAAACCAAUGAAAAGUUGCUUAAUGAUGAGGGUUCUCUUGAGUUGGGGACUGAGAUAAAAAAAACUACCAAAAAGAAAAUUGUUAAGAAGGUGGUUAAAGGAAAGACUGUUGCUAAGAAGGUAAUUGCGACAACUGUGCAGGACACAUGUGCUAAGCAAGAUGAGAAAAUGGAUAUGUCAGAUGAUAAAACAGAAUAUAAAGAUGGAAAUGCUAGCCAAGAAGGUGAGAAUUUAGGUGAUCCACUGAAUCCUAAAACUUCUGCGGAAAAGAAAAUUGUCACAAAAGUAGCCGUCAGCACGUCUCCCCAAAAGGAAGAGACAACUUAUUCUUCUGAAUUUCAAACUGAUAUGAAGCUUGAUGAUGAGUCAGUUCCUAAAGAAGAAGCCAAGAAAGAGCAGGGCGGAGACGCCAUUGUGCAGGAUUCUGAGAUCAAGACAACUGGAAAAAAGAAGGUCAUUAGAAGAGUGAUUAAACGAAAGGUUCCUGCAACAAAAGUGAAGGAUGCAAAUUCAAGUAAAGAUGCUGAAGAAACCAAAGUAAAAGAAGUAAAGGACCAUUCUGAAAAGAAGGAAUUGGAUGUGGCUGAGGGUAUUUUUUCUGAAAAUAAGAUAAUGGAGGAAUCUAAUGCACCUUCUGUUGAGAAGGUAGACUUGAAUGAAAAAACAGUGACAAAUGAGAAGCUAGAUAAAAAGGAGACUUGCACAGUUGAUAGCCAUUCCACUGUAGAGAAAGGAGGCUCAAAGUGCAGCAAUGAUUCUGAGGACACAAUGCAAAAGGAAUCUAAGGAAGGUGGUGAAGAUGGCAAGAAAGAGAGGAAAAAAGAUGAAAAAGAGAAAAGUAAAGGUGCUAAGCAUGAGCCUAACCCAAAGUCUCAUAAAGAAAAGGAAAAAGGGGGCUCCAGAGAACAUCCUAUGCAUCCUGGAUUGAUUCUUCAAACCCAUCGGGUCAAGGGAUCUAAACUUCGCUCGAUGUCCCUCUCAUUGGGUGGUCUUUUGGAUUAUAAUGACAAAGACACUGAAGAAUGUACAUUUGAGCUUUCGUUGUUUGCUGAGUCGUUUAAUGAAAUGCUUCAGUUUGAGAUGGGCUGCCGCCUCUUGUCCUUUCUUGAGAAAUUGCGUGAAAGAUAUGUUGUCAAAAGAAAUAAUCGGAAAAGACAAAGGGAUGAUAAAUCUGAGAAGGGUACUGUAAAGGAAAAAUCGCCUGUGAAACGUCCGAAAACCAGUGAUGCUUCCCAAGUUAGUAAAUCUACGAGACCUGAAAAGGAGGAUACAUCUAGCAAGAUUAGUGAUGAAGACAUGAGUGUGAUUAGUGAAUCUGUGAAAUUAGAAAAGGAAGGUGGAUCUGACAGAACUAAUGAUGAACAUAAGGGCGGAGAUGAUACUGCAGCUGGUUUGGGUGAAAUUAAAAUGGAAGAGAAGACAGUGGAUGACGAUAUGGUGGAUGAUGAUGAAGAUCCAGAGGAAAUUAUAGAAGAGGAAGCAGAUGAUGAUGCUGGUUCAAACAGAGUUGGGGAGGAUGCGAAGGCAGAUACAACAGAGGCUGAGCCAGAAAUAGCUAUGUCAAAAGAUGAUGAAUCCAAGCCUACGAGUGAGAGUGGUACUGAUAAAGUUGCGAUGGUCAAUGAAAAGUCUGACAAGGAGGAAGAUAAGCAGAUUGCCGAAGAGAAGAAAGAUUCUACAAAAGACGAGAAAGAUUCAGUAGAGGAUGAAAACAAAGAUUCUUCAAAAGAUGUGAAUGAAGUCCAUGUAAAAGAUGCAGUUGUGGAUAAGCAGCUGUUGCAGGCUUUCAGGUUUUUUGACCAAAACAGAGUGGGUUAUAUCAAGGUUCAAGAUUUAAGGUGUAUUCUUCACAACUUGGGUAAAUUCUUAUCACACAGAGAUGUCAAGGAAUUGGCUCAAAGUGCUCUGUUGGAAAGCAAUUCAGCAAGAGAUGAUCGCAUCUUUUACAAGAAGCUUGUUAGGCUGACAUUUGCAGAUCGCUGAAACAGGAACCAACUCAUCAUGAGAACUGAGACAUCAUAACACAUUAAAGUUGCUUUUGAGAUAUGUUGGUUUGUAGUUUCAGUUGUGCUGGGAAUCUUGCUCUGAAUUAUAUGGUUCUGCAAAUUGAUUUCUUCCAGUGAUUGUUUUAAAAUCUUGUUAGACAGUUGGAAGUUUUGAUUACCUCAUAAUGUUAUGAUUAUAAUUGAAUUGGAUUCUUGUAUACGGUGGUGAUGAUUUCCAAACA